AUGAUAAUAAGUUUUUUAUUUUCUCUAGCUCUAAAACUGAAUAUGUCAAACUGUCUUAUUACAUUUUAAACUGGCUAUGUAGUAACCUUUUAUGUCUAUGCCACAGAAAAUAUAUUAUUUAUUUCUUCAGCGCCUAACAGAGAGUUUAGUUCCACUAUCAAUUUUGAGCAAAGCUUUUCCAAUGUACCAGAAAUUUUCAUUGUGAAUCAAGUUUAUGAUUUAAACAUUGGAAGUGAGUAGGGCUUUUAGUUUUAUAUCUUGGACAUUACAGUGUCAAGUAAAUUUAUUUGUUAUUUUCAGGUUUUGUAGUAAAAAUCCGAGUACCAUAUUCAGCAGUAUAUAAUGGUAUUGAAUUCAGAUACUACGCCUUUGAUGACAAACGCAGAUAAGUCAUUUCCAGGUUAAAUUAGUUCAGCCCAACCAAUGGAAUUCUAUAAAUAGCACAUUCCAAUCCUAACUUUGUUGUGGGAAUUUCAUCUGUAAUAAGUUUAGAAUAUCAAAGUUCAUUUAGUUAUAAUUUAUAUGUAUCAUUAUCUUCGUAUCAUAGGUGUCACAAGUUACAAGCACUAGUUGUUCCAUAUCUAUUUCAAUUUCCAAUACUAUUACUUAGAUUGGCUAUUAAAUACUGCUUGGUACCAAGGAGGCAUUUUAUCUUUAAGAGACUGUAUAUGCUACUUCCAUUCCCUCUUAUGUCGGAGCAUUCAACUUUGAAUCAGGUUGGGAAGAUUCUUAGUUACUAGUGGUUUAUUAAGGAAUUUCUUAUCAACCAUACACAACAUUUAGGUUAAGAAUCAAUAGGAAUAAUGCUUAAACAAAUUACUACAUCGAAUUAUGUAUAAUUUAAUAUAAAUUACUAGGGGCUGGAAGUGUGUUGGAAUCAGUUUAUCAUACAUAUGGUGGAAUAAGAGCAUAGUGGGAUUAAGGAUAUUAUUAAAGUUUUAAACUUUUUAAAUAUUUUGUUUCAAGGAAUUUUGAUAAAAACAUUGCUAGUAUACCAAACUCGUUUGAAUUUACGAUUCCAGAACUAAAUUUCUAAACGAACACCCAAGGGACUUUUAUCUUUGAUAUCAGUUUGUCUAUCACUGACUUUACAUUAAUCUUUACAAGGAAAUGUGAACAUGGAAAAAAGUUAAUCAUGUAAUUAAUACCGAAAGAUGAUUGUUCUACCACUUAUUUUGAAUAUUAAUUAAAUUGUGAAUCCAAAAUUAACAUUUGCAAAUAAAAAUUAUACUUUCAAACCUAGACCCCUAUAAUCUCAAAAUUAAAAAUUGAAAUUGUUUCUGAUAUUUCAUUUAAGAUUCAGCACAAUUACAUAGAAUAAAAUGAGAAAUUUAUAUAUAUUGCUAAUAUCUAAUAUGUAUGA